AUGAGUGGGAUAAUGCUUCGGAUCAUAGCUACUGUAUUAUCCGUAGCCAUGAACACAACAAUGUGGGAUAUAAAGUCUUUAGAUUUUAAAUACCGUGAAGCUAAGGAGAAUUACAGUAGAAUUCAAGGAGAAGCUGCCUCGAAUCCAACUGAUGUAAACCUUCAGCAGGCUGCCUCAGACCAGUUGCAGCAGCUUCAACAGUUGCAGAAGAAUUACUCCAGUUUUGUCAUUCAGCAGAGUAAGAUAAUUUGGGUCAAGUUUUGUGACGAAAAUUCAAGUUUCUUCCAUGUUGCCAUGAGGAAAAGGAAGCUCGAAAACAGAAUAACUACCUUUACUAAAGGUAACACUAUUGAAGAUGAUUUUGACAAGGUGAGGAAUCAUUUUAUAUCUCAUUUUAAGCAAUUCAUGGGUAGCAGAAGUUUGGCUACCAGCAGAAUAGAUAAAGAGAGUAUAAAACAGGGUACUUGUCUCAAUUUGAUGCAGCAAGUGAAUCUCAUCAGGCCUUUUAGUAAGAGUGAUGUGAAGAAAGCUAUCUUUAGCAUUCACUCCUCUAAAAGCCCUGGUUUGGAUGGAUUGGGUCGAAUUUUUUUAAAGAUCUUUGGAGGGAUAUUGGUGGCCAACCCGAAGUCAGCUAGUGAUUAUAGGCCAAUUGCCUGCUGUAAUACAAUAUACAAAUGCAUUUCAAAAAUUAUUUGUACAAGGCUUUCGGAAGUGCUCGCUUCUCUUGUCCAAAGCAACCAAGGGGCUUUUGUGAAAAACAGACUUCUUGCACAUAACAUUAUGAUUUUUCAAGAUCUCCUUAAAGGUUACUCGAGGAAAAACAUUUCGGCGAGAUGCAUUAUGAAGAUUGACCUAAGCAAGGCCUAUGAUACGGUUGACUGGUUGUUUGUUGAAGAUUUGUUGAAGCUCUUUUGUUUUCCCUCUCGUUUCAUCAGUUGGAUAAUGACUUGUUUGAAGGGAACCUGUGACAGUCAAUAG